UUGGCUGUAUCGCAGGCAGUGCUUUUACAUGAGGAAAUUUCUAUAUACAUUCGCGGUGAUAGUUGUUUACUAAAGUAUAGUUAUUGUAUAUUACACAAGUUUAAAAAACAUGACAAAAGAGAAAAUGUUCGAAUCGACUUCAGAGGAGGCGACUUCCCUGUCAUAUCCACCGCAUUGUGUUAAAACUUCUAUCCCAUUUUUUGAAUAUCCUCCCGCGACAUCCAAUUUUUUUCGCAUAGGUCGUCCAUCCAUUUCGGCACCGCAUUCACGUUCCUGUUCCAUGAGAAAGGUCAAACAUGACCAAAAUACAUACCACAUGGACAGAAACAGACGAAACAGUCUUCCACUGGACUACACGGAUGUUGAUUGCACCUACUUUUCUUCUGAAAUUCAGUCUUCACGUGUGAAUUCCCAUGAGUCCUUUCAACGUGUGAGAUCAUUCAAAAUGACAUCAAAAGGUUUGAUAAACCAUGGUGACUCGGUAAGAAAUAAAAACAGAUCCACAAGUGCUUCAAGAAGUAGUUCUUUGAAAGAAAACAGAAGACAGAGAAUGGCGAGCAAUGACUCGUGUGACACCUGCAGUUCUGUUUCCAGUUGUUCCAGUGGUUACUAUCGUGUUGUUAUUCUAGGAACCCAUAGUGUAGGCAAAACAGCCAUUAUGAACCAGUUCAUGACUUCAGAAUAUACGGGUGGACUGGACCUUGGACCAGAAGAAAACAGCAACUCAAUGAAUGUAUCAGUAUUACUUGAUGGCGAAGAGUCGUCUCUGGAAUUUAUGGAUUCCACUGUUGAUCAGGACAUUGUCUGCGAAAGUUUCUUCGAUGCCUUUGUCUUUGUGUUCUCUGUGGACGAUGUUACUUCAUUUGAGAGGGUUAAUAAUACAAUGUACCACUUACGCCACAACCUGGGUUCUGAUCGGCCCUUCAUCCUUGUUGCCAAUAAAAUCGACCUCGUGCGAAACAGAAAAGUCACCCCAGCAGAGGUCAGAAAAGUUGCCAAUCGACAUGAUGCUAAAUACAUCGAGACAUCUGUUACACUGCACCAUCACGUGGACGAACUUUUAGUAGGAAUUCUACGUCAGAUUCGAAUCAAAUUGAACAUUAUAUUACCUGAAUCUACACAGACGAAGAACAAGCGAGGACCCAAAGGACUUUUGAAAAAACUAUUUCGAAUUAACAGAAAAGGCGUGGAACCCGAAGAGAAUGUCUUCGAUUAAUAAAACUAAAUUAGCAAUAUUCACCACAAAGUAAUCGCAGUAUUCAUCGUUGGACAUCUUAAUCUUCGUUUGACAUUUUUUUUAUAGUUCUCAAAAUUAUCUUAAUUCAUUACUGUAAAUUCCACAACAACAGAUAACAUAACGGGAUACAUAUGUAAUAUAAAAACUUACAGUAGUAAGUGUUCGUGUAGCUAGGGAAAAUGAUCAGCCCUUUCACGAUCCUUCAAUUAUAAAAGUCAUUGACAUGCCAUUAACCAUAAUUUUUCUCUUUUUUCAUCAAAAGUCCACACAUUUUCACGUCGUUUUUGUUAUGCUUUCGCUUUGCACACAUUUAUAAAUAUCAUCGAACGUAUAUUGUGAAUACCAUUCCAAUCAUCUACAUAAAUACAAAAUACUGUUACAAUGUAUAUUUUGUAUAAUGAACGGUUCGACAAUCAUUUUAAUUGUGAUAAAUG